GAAAUUUUGGGUCGGGGCACACCGCGCCCGCAGCCGCUCCUGAAGCGGUCUGAAGCACGCCGCGAUCGGGCGCCGCUCAAAUGCAUGCGCGCGCAGCGUAGCAGCGAAAGCGGCGCGGCCGGGGCUGGCGGAUGGAGCGGAGGCGGCGGAGCCAGUCGAGUCGAAGCGCCGUAGCACCGCGUGGUCCGGUCGAUUAGUUAGACGGUCGAGAGUCGGUCAGUUCGAGGGUACGUGACACCCGCGCAGGAUACAACCCACGCAAGAAAGAGGAUGGCGCUAUUCCGCUUUACCACGAAACGCUGCCUCGACGUGCAGAAAAUAACGUCGACGAUUUUCGUGCGACAGCUUACUGAUGCAUCCGCGGAUCUUAAGAAGGUUCUUACUGACAGGAUCCCGAAGGAGCAGGAGCGGGUCAAAGCCUUCCGUAAGGAUCAUGGAUCCACCAAAGUCGGAGAAGUCACCGUUGACAUGAUGUAUGGCGGUAUGCGUGGCAUCAAAGGCCUCGUGUGGGAGCCAUCGGUACUGGAUCCGGAGGAGGGCAUCCGGUUCCGCGGGAAGUCGAUUCCCGAGUGUCAGAAACUCCUGCCGAAGGCGUCCGGCGGCGCAGAACCGCUCCCGGAGGGUCUCUUCUGGCUGCUAAUUACCGGCGACGUACCUACAGAGGCGCAAGUGAAGGCCAUCUCGCAGGAAUGGGCAUCCAGGAGCUCAUUGCCCGAGCAUGUGGUCAAGGCCCUCAACAAUUUUCCCAAGAGUAUACAUCCUAUGACGCAGUUCUCUGCGGCAAUCACGCUGCUGAACAGCGAGAGCGAAUUUGUUAAGGCGUAUAACAAGGGUGUGCACAAGAGCAAGUACUGGGAAAGCGUGUACGAGGACUCGAUGAACCUGAUUGCCAAGUUACCGGUGGUGGCUGCCACUAUUUACCGCAAUAUCUAUAAGGGUGGCAAAGGUCUGGGUUCCGUCGACGCUGGCCGAGACUGGUCCUGGAAUUUCGCCAACAUGCUUGGCUAUGAUAAUCCGCAAUUUAUCGAGCUGAUGCGUCUCUACCUGACGAUCCAUUCGGAUCACGAAGGUGGUAACGUGUCCGCUCACACCACUCAUUUAGUGGGAUCCGCCUUAUCAGAUCCGUACUUAUCUUUCGCCGCCGGUAUGAAUGGUCUGGCCGGACCACUGCAUGGUUUGGCUAAUCAAGAAGUAUUGGUGUGGCUGGAAAAGUUGCGCGGUCAGGUCGGCGACUGUCCCAGCGAUGACAAACUCAAGGAGUUCAUCUGGAAAACAUUGAAGAGCGGCCAGGUCGUGCCUGGUUAUGGACACGCCGUUCUUAGGAAAACCGAUCCGAGGUACACCUGCCAGAGAGAAUUUGCGCUGAAACAUUUGCCAGAUGAUUCGUUAUUCAAGCUCGUCGCGCAAGUGUACAAGGUGGUGCCGCCAAUCUUGUUGGAAACUGGCAAGGUAAAGAACCCAUGGCCGAACGUGGACGCACACUCGGGCGUGCUGUUGCAAUACUACGGCAUGAAGGAGAUGAACUAUUACACGGUCCUGUUCGGCGUGUCGCGCGCGUUGGGCGUGCUCGCUUCUCUCGUUUGGGACCGCGCCUUAGGAUUGCCCAUCGAGAGGCCUAAGUCCCUCAGCACAGAGCUCCUGAUGAAGGCUGUUAAGGCUUAAGGACUUUUCUCACUGGAUCGACGAUCGAUUAUCAGCAUCACCUCGGAGUCUCGUCGUCCUGACCUCGAUUUUAUUCGAGCGUCAAACGCGGCGUCGGGAACUUUGAUAGGAUCAUUUUGAUACCACUUCGACGGAAACACCUCAACGAGCCCACGCCUUAUUGAGCAAAUGAGAGUACGAUUGGGAGAGAGCGAAAGAAUGAGAAAGUGAAAAAUGAAAGAAACACAAGGCUAGGUAUUAAACACGACAAAUAAUUACACCUAAUGUAUUAUCUAAAUGUAGAAUUAUUAAGAGCAGAUACAUCAAUGUUCCCCGUCAACGAAUUCGCGUUAAUUCUCUUCCUACUGUCGAUACUUUCUCAAGUAUGAACGGCGACAAAUGGAUACGUUAAUCACACAAAUACACAUAAUUAAUUGUAUGAAUAUACAUAUAUGAUAUAACGUGAUUUAAAAAUUUUAACUGUCAAACUAAAUUCUUACAAAGUAUCCCAGUGAACAAUAAGGCGUCUUUAAAACGCCUAAAAGACGUCAUAAAAUUCUGUAGGACGUCCGAAAAAUUUACUAAAAGGCGUCUUUAAGGCGUCUUUAAGACUUUGUCUUUUAGUAGUCUUAUUACACGUCUGUCAGACGUCAUAUUAGACAUAUUUUAGACAUUUUGAUGGAUGUCUCUCGGACAUUCCUUAUAAUGGUCUAUAAGACGUCUUUGAGACAUUCUACAAUGUCAUUGUUCAGACAUUUUUCAGAUUAAUUUUGGACAUUACGAUUUUUCUGGAUUAAAUUAGGUUAUAUUGACAGAGUUUCGAUAUACACACACACACAC